CUACCUUCUUGCGACACACUGUUUGGUCUUUCACAACGUAGGAAUCAAAAUGUAAACACCCUAACCGGUUUAUCAUGGCGGCCGAACUACUCUUUCCCAAGCUGGUGAUUUUUGGGGCGUCAGGGCCAACUGGACGUCAUUUGGUACAACAAGCAUUGAAUAAAGGUCACUUGGUUUCCGCUGUUGUAAGGAGUCCGGACAAAUUUGACAUCAGACAUGAAAAGUUGGAAGUCAUAAAAGGAGACGUGUUUGACUCUGAGUCACUAAAUCCCAUUCUUCAAGACAAAGACGCUGUAUUAUCUUGCCUUGGUGCACAUGGAACAAGUGUCUUUAAGCACACAACUUUGUACUCAGAGUCAAUGAAGUCAAUAUCAGCAGCGAUGGAGAGGAGUAACGUGGAUAGAUUAGUCUGCGUAACAUCAUGGGGCACUCAGAAAGAACCAGGAAAUCCUAAACUUAUGGAGUACUUGCUCAAGCCGUUGAUGAUGGCCGGAUUCAUACAUGACAUGGCGUUGAUGGAGAGGAUGCUCAUGGAAACAAAUUUGAACUACACCGUUGUGCGUCCUCCAGGAUUAAAGAAUGAUCCGGCCAAAGGAGAUUACUCAGUACAAGAAGGGCAGAUUGUCCCAAACACGUCAUGGUUCAUACCAAGAGCCGAUGUUGCAGACUUUAUGUUAUCGUCGCUUAAUACCCCGGAAUGGGACAGAAAGUGCGUGGCCAUAGGCAGCAAGUCAUGAAACGUGAUGUACGGCAAUGUUUGAUAUAUGACUGAAACUGACAAACAAAAUCACGGAUAAAAUUACACCACAACGUAUCCUGGGUUUAGAAACAGAUGCGAGUGACUUAACGGAAAAUAAACAUACGCUCUCGCUGAAGAAUGAACAAGAAAAGUCAUAACAUAUACUGCAGUAGGUACCCCCCGUGUAGGAUAGAGAAUGACAUCAAGCACUUUUACCUUCCUUUGAAUCACGAGUUAAAUUCAUCAACUAUACCAUCACACUGACUUUUUCGUAUUGAUAUGAAGUUACGUUUUGAAGGAAACACGACAGUGGCGACGGUGGAGAGGGAAAAUGGUAUUGUCAUUUUGAGUCAUUUGCGAAUGCGGUUCAGCUUCGACAUUCUGUAAUUUCGAACAGAGCGCGAAUUACUUCAAUAGAAAUGUAAAGUUUAAGAUGUCAUUGCACUAUUUAUCGUUGAUAUUAUUACAUCAGGGCUUCCUGUAUUAUCAAGAUAUCUAAAGUACUUUAAGUAUUUACUUUGUGGUGCUAAAGGACGAGAUCACUUUAAACCGAUUCGAGGAGUGAUCUUUGAAGUAAACUCGCAGAGUUUUAGUGAAACGAUUUGUAGUGUGCAUAACGUCUUUUCUUGGGAAGAAAGCUUCCCAGAAACAUAAAGUUUGUUAAAAAUUAAGUCUAUGUAUAGGUGGUUAACUUAAAAAAACAAAUGCUCUGUCGAGAGGUGCACUCCAAACAGGCUCCCUACCUAUUAUGUUCUAAGAUCAUCUAAAGCCUUUUUCAGACGUUCUCUUCAGACACUUUUUUUUAGCUCAUUCAUGUGCUUGCACAAUGAAUGAGUAUUGUGAGGGGCCAAGAUGUGGACUCUUUUUGUAGACACUUUUUGUAGACAUUUUUUGUAGACACUUUUUGUAGACCCGUUUUGUAGACGGAAGUAAAUCGGACCGGAAGUGAUUUGUGAUGUUCCUCACCACCCCUCCCCCGUUCGUCUUAAUUAAAGUCCAAAUAAACUUCGAACUCGCUCCAAUCAGCAAGUGCAAAGAAUAAAAUAAAUCACAAUUAAUGUU